AUCCAAAUGAGAUCAGAUAUUGCUUGAUCUUAUAUUGUUAUUGGAUCUUUCAUUUGUUCUAAAUAAUAAUGUCAAGCAUAAAAGAGUUUCAACAUCUCAAAAUUCCACUCCAAGACUUAAUAGCCGCCACCAAUAACUUUGGAGAUACUCACCGUAUCGGUCAAGGUGGGUUUGGGAAAGUUUAUAAAGGAGAACUCGUCCUGCCCGACGGGCUCACUGUGGUCGCUGUAAAACGCUUAGAUCGUGCAUUUGGGCAAGGAGACGCAGAAUUUUGGAAAGAAGUCAUGUUACUUACUCGUUACAAACAUGAACAUCUUGUAUCACUUUUAGGAUUUUGUAAUGAGGGUAGUGAAAAUAUCCUUGUAUACGAGUAUCUAACUAACAGAAGUCUCGACUUGUACUUGAGUGGCAAUGAUCUUUCUUGGAAUCAACGUCUUCGUAUAUGCAUUGGGGCAGCCCAUGGACUACAAUUCCUUCAUCAUCCUGCAGAGGGGAGUCAACAAAGAGUCUUGCACCGAGAUAUUAAAAGUGCAAAUAUUCUACUAGACCAAGACUGGAAACCAAAGAUUGCAGAUUUUGGUCUUUCCAAAUUUGGACCUGCUAACCAACAAUAUACUUAUCUUUUUUCUAACGCUGUAGGCACGAUGGGGUAUUGUGAUCCAUUGUAUAUGCAGACUGGCUACUUGACUAAAGAAUCUGACAUAUAUUCCUUUGGUGUGGUUUUAUUCGAAGUUCUUUGUGGGAGACUUUGUGUGCAAAAUUAUGAAGAUGUUCGUAGAUUUUUGGCUAUAUUGGCACGAAAGUGCUAUGAAGAAAAGAAACUAGACACCAUCAUCCAUAUGAGUCUGAAAGAAGAAAUUUCACCACCUUGUUUGGAAAGGUUUUCAACAAUUGCGUAUCAAUGUUUGCAGACAGAUCGCACUGAACGCCCAUCCAUUGCAAAAAUAGUGAAAGAACUGGAAAUUGCAUUGCAAUAUCAAGUGGAAUAUGAUUUUGAGAAGGAAAAGAAGUUGAAGCAACAUGUAGUGAUAGACUAUAACUCUGACGAGUAUUGGGAGUCAAAGCUUCCAAGAGACUUGGAAGUAAUAGUUAAGAGGUUCAAGAUUCCACAUGCCAUCUAUGCUGUAAAGAAGGAUCUGUUCGCUCAUCUUCAAAAGGGACUUCUUUGUGAUGAAGGCAACAAGUUCUUCUGGAUAAACGAUUACGGCAAGAAAUGUGUAUUGCUAUCACCAAGAAGCUUCCUAAAUCAUGAUCUGACGACAUGGGUAUUCCAACGUGAUUAUUUGAGGUUUUCAAGGGUAGCCGAGUAUUCUUAUGGAGCCUUAUAUGACAUUAAGUGUCAAAUAAAAACUAGCAUGUUAUCACUUGGUACCAUGUAUGCAGCUAGUCUGAUGUUCAAAUAUCGUGGAAAACCCAGGAGAGACCAACUAGCAUUUAAAAUUAUGUCAAUUAAAUGGAAGAUGGAUGAGUUAAGUGUACAAUCUAUGCAUUAUGCAGAGCAACUAUCAGACAAUUGGUAUAAGAUAGAAAUGUGGAACUUUAUUAAUCAUGGGCCGGAUGCUGAUUUUGAUAUUGUGCUCGAGAAACUUUCAUUUCUUCAUCAUCCAAUGAAAUCUGAUCUUUUGAUUCAAGGAAUUGACAUUCAACCCCUAGAGAUGUAUAUGCAGGAUGUGCGGGAUGAAGAGACUGAAGGAUUUAGAAGUCUUUCUAUGACAUAUGAAGGGGAUAUAGAUAUAGAUAAAAAUACGGAUCUUAUUAUGACAUAUAAUGGGGAUAUAGAUACAGAUGUAGAUACUAAUGAUAUGUACUGGGAGAAAAAGCUGCCAGAUGACUAUCAACGUUAUAUUGAGAUUUCGGACAAACCUUUGGACUACACCACAACAAAGGAACUCUACCUCCGUUUUUGUGAAGGUUUCCUAUGCGAUAAUGGCCGAUUGUUUUUAUCAUUAUGCAAAUCAACACGGGGAAUUCGUGCUAUGCUAGCCUACUUGGAAGACUAUGAUUACUGGGAACCUGAUUAUAUGAGGUCUCACGAGGAUGGGGGGAAAAGUGAAACCCCGCACUUCCGUCGCUUAUCCUUUUCUGAGCGUCGACACAUGUUUUCACCUCAUCAUAACUAUGCAUGCUAUCUUGUUUUCAAAUUUCCAGAAAAACCCACUCAAACAGAGGAUAUUCUUUUGUUUAGUGCAGAGUGCAUGCUGGAAUUAAUCUCGCAAGGUACAAUGUAUGCAUGUAUGAGUUUCUCUGCAACGAAUAUACCCAUCAUCAAACCAAAGAGUGAUUAUAGAUUGCACGACUCAUCAAAUAUACCAGCAGAUCGAGGACGUGGGAUGAUAAAAGGUCGCACCGAGCAUUAUGUAUAUAGUAGGAUUGAGGAAAGGAAGGAUGGUUGGAUGGAGGUCAUGUUGUGUAAAUUAUUAUGCCACUUGGAGGAUCCUCGAUUCCUGUCGGUUAAAUUAAGAGAUCACGAGUACCAUACAGUUAGAACCUUGCCUGUGAAAGGCAUCGAGUUUAGGCCAUGUAAUGUUUGAAAGAUCACUAGAGUACAGUUUUCAUCUAUGUAGCUUCUAUCGUACCCAGUGUCA